AUGUCAUCGUCGAGCUCUCCUUGCGCGGCAUGCAAGUUUCUUCGUCGGAAAUGCACUCAAGAAUGCGUCUUUGCACCCUAUUUUCCGCCAGACAAUCCGCAGAAAUUCCAGAACGUCCACAAGGUGUUCGGUGCCAGCAACGUAGCCAAGCUGUUAAACGAGCUCAACCCUUCCCAACGUGAAGACGCCGUUAACUCUUUAGCCUACGAGGCCGAGGCCCGUCUCCGAGACCCCGUCUACGGCUGCGUCGGCCUCAUCUCCAUCUUGCAACACAGGCUCAAACAAAUGCAACACGAUCUCACCAAUGCCAAGAAAGAGCUCGCCACUUACAUCGGUCCUCAGGCUUUGCUUCCUAUUCUACAACCGCCUGUGUUUUUGCAACAACAACACGUUGGUGGCAACCCUAAUUCUAUGAUGCAACAAAAUAUGACGCCGGUGAUGGCUAUUCCCACGGCGGCGUCGGUUUCACACGGUGGUCAGUUGGUGAUAAGAGAACAACAACAGCAACAGUUAUUUGAGGCUCAACAGCAAUUGGCUGCAGUGGUAGCAGCAAGGGAACAAGAAGAUUUGCUUAGAGGAUAUGAACAGCAGCAACAACAUCAGGGUCAACAGCAAGAGAUUGUGAGGUUUAAUAGUGGAUUUGAAGGUGGUGCUGGUGCAGUCACUGCCACUGGUUUUAAUCAAAUACCAACUGCAGCCACCAUGUCACCUUCUUUGGCUUUAGGGAGCUUUGAUAACCCUUAUCAGAUUCUGACACAACAGCUAGAUCAUCCCCAUCAUCAGUCUUCUCAUGGAAGUCAUCCACUUCAAGCACAGCUUUUGAUUCAGACAGAACAAGGGCAACCACGACAACAAAAUCAGCAACCCCAAAGAUCAGAAAGUGAGGGUAGGAGUUCUGGUCCUUGUUGAAUAAACAAGAAGCCUUUUCUUUUUUUCCUUUGUGGUUGCAGAUUGAAUGCCAGCUGCCUGCCUUCCCACUUUUUCAUGACAGCAAUCUUUCA